UUCUCUCUUCGUAUUUAUUUCUCAAUGUUGAAGAUGUGUGAUUUGUUUCUGAAAAUGUUUGAAAGAUCUUUAAUAUCUUCAUUUCUGAUUUUUUUUUUUUUUCAUUUAUGCUUCUGGAUAUACAUCAAUUGUUGUAGAAUUAGGGUUUUCAAUGCUGCUUGAGGAACUAGGGUUUUAAAACGACAGCCACAUACUCAACUAGUGUUUAUUCAACUGCCAUAAUUUUGAAAUGCUAUGUAAGUUGAAGACUGGAACAUUAAGUAUUCACAUCAUCCUUUAAAACGAUGGCCACAUUUGAAAACCGAGUUGUUAUCAAUUGAUGGAGAUGUUGUCCCCUUUCUUUCCACAUUGAUCUUAUUUAUUGUUGGAAUUAGCCAAUAUGGGGGCCGGCCCUUGUUUGCAUAGGUUUGCCCAUCGCACUCUGCAUUGCCCUAACUGGAUGUAGGCAGUACACAUUAUUAGGGCCGGCCCUUGCAUUUCGAGGCUGGUCAGUCCACCAUUUGUAAAUAGCAUAAUUUGAUGUUGGCAGAAUGCAAUAUAAGAGCCGACCCCUUAUAUGAGGGCAUGGCCCUGUCCCCUAAGGAAAUUGGACUGUUUCAAAAUUUUUCUAUAUUUGUUAUCUCUCACCUCUAGGAAUUAAAGUAGUCUAUUCCGUUCCUUAAACACAACACACCAACGACCUGUUUACUUUCAGUGAUCCUUAACAUCCACUAACCAUUUUACUUUCUCACAUUUGAUUGUUGUCUAUAUUUGCAAGCCCUCGCCUUUUUCAUUUGGGGUUAGGGUUUUUUUGUUCUUUUUUUUUUUUUUCAUCUUUUCAUUUAUUUUUCUCAUUUUUACAUUUCAAUCCAACAUGGAUCGCUCAUGCAGCAUUGUCUUAUGUGGCAAUGGGUUAUGUGAAUAUUUCAACUUGGAUGACAUAAGCCUGAUUGUGUGGCAAACUACUUAAAUAAGAAGAGGCAAUUGCAAAUUAUAUACAGGUUCCUGUUUGGACUGCAGUUUAAGGAAUCCUUUCAUCAUAUUGUCCACUUGUUAUGAAAAGGGAAUCUUUGGGUUCAUAAAAAAUGAGUCUCUUUAAAGCAGUCAUAUCCUCCUUCAUUGUUCCAAAACAGUCAUGCUAUGGUAGUUAAUUUUUGCUUUGUUCGACGUUCGGUGAGUGAUGCCCUCAAUUAAAGAUGUACUUCUUAGUUGACAUGGAUCUUUUGUGGGAAAGAAAAGAAAGAAAGCGUGAAGAGCAACUCCUUUAUGUUUAUUUUGGACCUUAUAGAAGGAGAGAAAUAGGAGAGCUUUUUUUAAAACACCAUGAAAGCGAAUUAAGCAAUUAAAUAAUCUUUUAUGUACAUGUUCUUGGAUUGGGUUAAGGAGCACAUAGGAGAUAACUCCUUAUUUUUGUUUGACCUUAUUGUUUGGUUGAGUUGAAAGUAAGGUGAGGGUGUUGUUUCUUGUGUUCCCCUUUGCAUUUUUGGCCUUUAGCACCUUUUAUACACCGUGUGCACUUUUGUGCACCCUUUGGGUAGAUGCUUUUAAUACAUUUGUGAUCACCUAUACAAAUAUUGCAUUUUUUUGAACAAGGUAUGGUUGCAUAAUUUCCCUAAUAAAAUAAGGAAAAAAAGCCAUAGUGUACACUUCUUGUCAGGUUGUCCUUUUGCAGAGAAAAGGUUAUAUAUUAGCAAUUGGGUUGUUUAUUUGAGAGCUGAGAGCUUUUCUCUGUAUAUAUUUUUCUUCUCAAGUGCAGUGCAGCAGCAUCACCCGAUUGUUGUGGGUGGAUUGAGAAAUGGGGAGUGUGGUCAAUCUUGAGGGCAAGAUCUACAGCUGCAAGCACUGCCGGACCCAUCUUGCUCUCAGUGAGGACAUCAUUUCCAAGUCUUUCCACACCGUGAAUGGAAAAGCUUAUCUCUUCAAUAAAGUUGUGAAUAUCUCUGUUGGAGUGCAUGAAGAGAAGAUGAUGAUGACAGGAAUGUACACUGUUGCUGACAUUUUCUGUGUUGGGUGUGGAUCCAUUGUAGGAUGGAGAUACGAGACUGCCCAUGAAAAGGCCCAGAAGUACAAAGAAGGAAAGUCUGUCCUUCAACGGAUUAAGAUAUCGGGCCCUGACGGAAGCAACUACGGAAGUGAUGCAGAUGACGCUUGAUUGAUCUUUAUUUUAAAAUGUACGUUCUUUUAACCCCUACCAUUUUUAUUUGACUCUUGGAUUCUGGAAUUGGCAAUUUCUCAUUUCAGUGGUUUUCCUGGCUUGUGCUCAGCUUGACCUAAUAAAAUGGAUGCAGGCUUUAUAUUGUUCA